AAGACCAAGCGGAGAAAAUCGCGAGAGAGCGAUUAUUCCUACGCCUACAACAACUGUUAAAGAGUGAAGCAUCCUUCAGAAACCGCCUGUGUCGAUAAAGAAGAUUAUGCAGUAACUGUAUGAGGAAAGUGGACUGCGCGUAAUGAGAGUUGUUUAAUUUGUUGGGAACGAACGCAUAAAUACAAGGACUAGCGUUAAUUUUUCACGGGCAGUCUGUGACUAAUUGUAAAGCUCGGCUGUUAUGCUCAGAAGUUGGGAGAUGCGUCUUUGAACAGUUAAACAGGAAUCCUGUAUCAUCGCAAGGACGGUGACGAAAGAUAUUGGCAGAUCGCUCUCGCCACUAUGACAACUGGUGCAAACCUAUUCAUGAGAACCCUAUGUAAAUAAUAAAAUAUCGCCAUUGUCAACACAAAAUAUAAAUACCUACAAUACAAACGAAACAACAGUACAUAUAACCUAUCAAUACCAUCGUCUGGAGUACAUACUGUAGGGCAAUUGCAUUUAAAAAAAAAGUUUAAACAACCUAAAGAUAAGCUCCGCACAGCUUUCAUGUCCUUGCAUUUAAAAAUAGUAUUUUAGAUAGGACCUUCCGUCUAUUUUAAACGUGGGUAUCAUCCCAGACCAUGUCACUUUUAGAAUUGAAUAACGUGCGAGUAUAAACACAGCAGCAGGUGACCCCUGUCCCGACUCCCUAACUCAGAAAAGCAGCCCGGAGCGGACACGCGUUUGACGCACCAGUCCGGCGUGACCCAUACAUAUUAAAAAGAGGGGCGGGAGUUACUGGAGUUUGCCUUGAGGGAAACAGGGGGAUUAUGUGCUUAUGUAAAAGGCAACGGAGGUUGUUUUUUUUUUUUAUUUCCCGGAGCGAAAACGCAAUCUGCGCAGUAUUUACCACCUUUAAUUCCGGCAGCCGGCCCCUCCGUCCGACGAGGUGUGAAUCGAUCGGGGUAGCAUGGCGUCGUUUUUCACGGGACGGGAUGUUUUGCAAUGGAACAGGAGCGCCGUGUUUGCAUUAAAAAAAUAAAUAAAUUUCUCGUCUGUAACCACGGAUUAAUGAGCACAGACCGCAGCACGACCACACAGUCUCCUGUAAGAAACAUCCGAUGGGGGCUGACGUCAGUAACCACAGUAAGGGCCAGCCCCUGCUGGAGGACCCCCGCUGCGCACCGGGGUGGAGGGGUCUGCUCUCCAGCGUGGGCCUGUCUUUCCCUGCGGGGCUCUGCCGCUGGGGGGGGCUGCGCUUCGCCCCUCGCCGCACGAUCACGGAGGGGAGGCGGCCCGAGCCCCCGGCGCCCGAGGAGCCCUUCCUGGAGUGGCCUCUGCCCGGCUUCAUCUCCCUCUUCCUGCCCGAGUUCCCGCAUCGCAGCCGCCUCCCGGGUCCGGAGCGCUUCCAGAUCCUGGGCUGCAUCGCUAAGGGCUCCUAUGGUCCCAUCCUGAAGGUGAGGGACCGGACACAGCAGAGGACGUACGCAGUGAAGGUGAGCCCCUCUCUGCGCCGUCCCCUCCGCUGGCUGGGAAGACUCAAGCGCGGGGCAGAUCUGAUUCAACCCGGGUGUUUACCGUGGCAGGGAUAAUAAUUCGACUGCUCAGCAAGUCAACCCAGAUCGGGAUUUAUGAGCUACACACUUUCAUGCAAAACUAACAGUAGGUGUCGGCUGUUUCCAGCUUGCUACCUUAUUUGUGGGUAAUAAACAAGACAAUUGAAGUCUGGAUGAUUAAAGUAGGAUUCUGCUUCAAUUCAGC